CCACACACACACCCCCGGUUGCUAGGAGACCCCCGAGCCGCUCUCCCGGUUGCUAUGGCGGCGUGUCCCCUCCCCGUUGCUAUGGCGGGGCUGGGGGGGGCGGGGCCUCCCCGUCGCUACGGCGGGGACUCUUUCUCCCCCCCCCUCCCCUCCCCGCGCCCCGGCGGAGGGAUCUGCCUCGCGCUUUCGCCGCGCAAGCCUCGCUCCUCCCUCCCGCUGGCUCCGCCCCUUCCUCCUCCGCCGCAACGAGUCCCGGCUCCCGCCGCGGUGCUGCGGCCGCGCGUGCGCAGAGCGGCGCGGAGCGGCCAGGCCCGAGCGGGCGGAGGGAGCGCGAGCGCCCGAGGGACGGCCCCACGAUGACGCAGUUCCUGCCCCCCAACCUCUUGGCCCUUUUGGCCCCCCGGGACCCCAUCCCCUACCUGCCCCCCCUGGAGAAGCUGCCCCACGAGAAGCACCACAACCAGCCCUACAGCGGCAUCGCCCCCUACAUCCGCGAGUUCGAGGACCCCCGUGAUGCCCCCCCACCGCCGACCCGCGCUGAGACGCGGGAGGAACGCAUGGAACGGAAGCGGCGGGAGAAGAUCGAGCGAAGGCAGCAGGAGGUGGAGAGCGAGCUCAAGAUGUGGGAUCCCCACAACGACCCCAACGCCCAAGGAGACGCCUUCAAGACCCUCUUCGUGGCCAGAGUGAACUACGACACGACGGAGUCGAAGCUGCGACGCGAAUUCGAGGUCUACGGCCCCAUCAAGCGGAUCUACAUGGUGUACAACAAGCGCUCCGGGAAGCCGCGCGGCUACGCCUUCAUCGAGUACGAGCACGAGCGGGACAUGCACUGUGAGUACCCCCCGCCGCCGCCCCCCCUUCCCCCCUCCAACCGCAUGUCCAACCUCCCAACCGCAGCCCGGCCGGCCCCGGGCCCGGGGGGGGGCCCCCAGGUAAGUACAGGCCGGGGGGGGAGGGGGGGGGAGGAGAGGGGAGGAGACGUACAAGCGACCGAGGUGCCGGGUUGGAGGUGGCUGAGCUCUAGGUGAUGGUGGCUACCGACAGCCAAGGCUCCGGGUGACCGAGUUGUAGGCGAUGGAGGCAACAGGCGACCGAACUGUAGGCAAGCGUGGCUACCGGCGACCAAGCUAUAGGUGGUCGAGGGUACUGGCGACCAAGUCAUAGGUGGCCAAGGCUACCGGUGGCUAGGGGUACAGGCGGCCAAGGCUACCGAUGGUCAAGGCUGCAGGCGACCAAGUUGUAGGCAAUGGGGGCAACAGGCGACCAAACUAUAGGCGACCUAGGCUACCGGUGGCCAAGGCUACGGGCAACUGAACUAUAGGUGGCCAAGGCUGCCAGUGGCUAGGGGUACCGGCGGCCAAGGCUACCGACGGGCCAAGGCUACAGGCAACCACACUGUAGGCAAUGGGGGCAACAGGCGACCAAACUAUAGGCAACC